CACAAGUUCUAUAGACGCAGUUGAAUAAGAAUUGGAUGGUAAAACUCUCCUCUGAAGAUUUGAAUAAAAUGGAAUCUUCACCCGGAGAGCGGUCAAUUCACCGCCAAAGCCCUGAAAUAGAUAUUGCCAGAAAUGUUUACGAUGAAAACUUUUUCACUGCAACAAAACGCGAUCGCUUUCCAUUGAGUACCAAGGACGACUCAGCAAAGAAGAACUAUUACUGGCGCGUUGUUCAUCCAAAGCUCUUUCCCUGUUCGUGUUCGUGGAAGGGUUUGAUCUCUUUUCUAGCUGGGCUCAUGCCGAUUAUUCGCUGGUUACCGAAAUACAACGUGAAAGAAGAUUUGUUUCCUGAUUUAAAUGGAGGAGUUACAGUAGCAGUUAUGCAUGUCCCUCAAGGACUCGCAUUCGCCAUGCUGGCUUCCCUUCCGCCGGUCACGGGACUCUACACCGCCAUUAUCCCAGUAUUGGUUUAUAUGAUCAUGGGCACAUCGCGGCACUUGUCUGUAGGUAGUUUCGCAGUCAUAUGUUUGAUGGUGGCACAAGUUGUUGAGCGUGAAGUGGGUUCCAUGCCAUUAGCGCCUACUCCUACACCGGGCAAUGACUCGAUGUCCAGUCCUUCCCCGACAGAAGGCACCGCGUUAUGGACACCGGAAAUGUCGGCCAAAAUGGAAGUCGCCCUUUCGCUCUCCUUACUCGUUGGUAUCAUCCAGAUUAUCAUGGGAGCAGUGAAGAUGGGAUUUCUGGCGACGUUCUUGUCAGAACCAUUGAUCAGUGGUUUCACCACAGGGUCAGCGGUGCUCGUUGUCAACAGCCAAUUGAAGCAUAUACUGGGAGUGAAAGUUCCCCAGAUCAGCGGAGCGUUUGCCGCAGUAAAGAUCUUUAUUCAUAUGCUGAAAAACAUUCCCUCAGCGAACGUUGGAGCCAUUAUCACGGGCGUGCUCUGUCUUAUUGUGUUAAUUGGAUUGAAACAAGUGAACGAGAGAUACAAGCAGAAAAUGAAAGUUCCCAUCCCUGCUGAACUUCUUGUGGUUGUUGUCGGAACUCUUAUAUCAUAUGGUGCGAAAAUCAGUUUAAAUUAUGGUACACAAAUCAUAGGAGAUAUACCAAAGGGGCUUCCUCCUUUGAGUGUACCAUCUUUAUCCCGGAUUUCGAACAUUUUCUCAGACGCCUUUGUCAUAGCAGUGGUGAUAUUUGCCACAAACAUUUCAAUUUCCAAGAUGUUUGCUAAGAAGCGUGGUUACUCAGUCGACCCGAACCAGGAGCUGAUUGCAUAUGGAGCAGGAAACCUGGCUGGCUCUUUUUUUUCGUGUUUCCCGAUCUGCAACGCUUUAGCGCGUACAGCGGUACAGGAAAACCUUGCAAACACUCAGCUGUGCAGCGUGGUUGUGGUCGCCUUGGUCCUUAUGGUUCUGCUGUUCAUUGCUCCACUUUUCUUCCAUCUCCCAAAGGCUAUCCUAGCUGCAGUUGUGAUCGCCAAUCUCAUUGGCCUACUCAAACAAUUUUCAAGGCUACGGGCUUUGUGGGGAAUUUACAAACCUGAUGCGUUUGUAUGGUUUUUCUCUUGCUUUGGUGUCAUUCUGCUGGGAGUUGAUAAAGGAUUGGGUGUAGGAGUGAUCUGCGCGUUAUUUGCAGUCGUUCUCACCCUUUCCAGGUCCAGCUACACCAUCCUUGGCAGAGUAACAGCAACUGAGUUAUAUCGUGACGUCAAACAAUGUCCCACGGCCUUCGAGGUCCCUGGAGUGAAAGUACUGAGACUUGAGUCCCCACUUUACUUUGGUAACGCGGAGCGCUUCAGAAGCGCGCUGGUUAGUACCACUGGAUUAGAUCCCAGUGCUGAACAGAAAGCGGGAGAAGAGGUCAAACAGAAAAACGACGAGGAAAACAAUGAUCUUCUCCGGAAUGAAGACAAAGGAAACAGUAACAGAGGGAACCCUGGUUCUAAACCGAAACCUCAGGAAAAAGGAGGCACUUCAACAACAACUGCUGUUAAAGUUGAUGAGCCGAAAAACCGUAUUCACACUGUCGUCAUUGAUUGCAGCAGCUUUACCUACAUCGAUUCUGUUGGUCUUCAUGUUCUUCCAUCCCUUCUAUCAGAGUUCAAGAAAGCUGGAAUUCACAUAUACCUGGCUGGUUGUUCUUCACUCCUCAUUGAGAAGUUCACAAGCUCCUCUGGGGAGGCCUCCACACAGGCCAUUCCACAACAAGCGAUGUUUCCAUCCAUUCAUGACGCUGUUGUAUCUGCCAUACGAUCACGUGACCACGCGAUUUGGGGAGAAGACGUAGACAAGGAGACAUGUUUUUAAUGCUGAUCCUGGCUGAGUUUUUUUUCUUUCUUUCUAAAUGAGUGUCUCCCAAAAAAAUAAUUAAGGUUUACACACUGAAAAAUUCAAAUUUUUGGUGGAUAUUUCGGAAUGGGAGGGAAUCGCGCUCUUAGCCUCCCAAUUUCCACAUUACUUAACGAAUAAUUUUGGUUUUUUUUAAGGUCAGAGGGAUUUUGUAGAAAGCGAAAUUCACAUACAUACAUACAUAUAUAUAAUAUUACGAUUCAUGGAGUGAAUGUGUUCCAAAAUAUUCUAAUUUUUCGAUAAAAUAAUCAUUUGUACUUAAUUUGAAAAGUACAUAAAGGGCUAUCAGUGGCGGAUCCAGAGCUUGAGCUGGAGGGGGGGGGAGAGGGCGUGUUUUCGUUUGUGUGUGUUUAGCUGCCGGCUUUUCUUCCCUCUGCGUUUAAUUUUUUACCCAAAAUAAGAGGGGGGGGGGUGCCCUAGAACCGUCACUGGCUAUAGGAAAGUAGACAGUAAUUUUAGUAUUAUAUAAGGGUUAAAGAGAAGUAGCCAGGGAUGGUGUGAAGUUUUCCCCAAUCAUAUUUACUCUAUUACUUUAUUUUUUUACCUUAAAUGAAAACGGUAUCAUUAAACUUAAACAAUAAAAGAAAAGAUGAUACAGUCUUUGUAGUUAAAGUCCGUUUGUCCUCUCACGGAGCAGAGGCUCCUUAGUGAAUAUCCGCUGAAUGCAAUGAGUGUAGGCGAAAAUUGAACGAGACGUGAACGAUUUUGUUGACCCUUUGUUCGAUUUGUGCCUGCACACAUCGCGUUCAAUGAAAUUAGUGGAGCAUGUCACCACCUGAAAGGAAAUUAGGAAAAACAAAGGUGAUUGAUAGUAUGGAAAUAAAAAUGUUGCCGGCUGGAA